AUGAAAUGGAAAUGGAGGAUCUUGAAAGCUACUAAUUCUUUGUGGUAUUGGGUUUUAAAGGCGAGAUAUGUGGAUGUAAAAGCGAAGGCGUUGGUUGGAGAUUUGAAUCAUAAUAUUCGUGGAAAGAGAUCCGUGUGGUGGUCGGAUAUCAUGUCUUUGAGAAAACAUCUUCCGAAAGAUUUUUUUGUUAACAACAUUAAGUUUAGUGUGGGGCUUGGCCACUCUAUUCCGUUUUGGCAUGUCGCUUGGUUAGAUGUGGAUAUUCUUAAACACAUCUUUCGAGCUUUAUUUUCAUCUUCUCUUUUACAGGAUGUUGCUAUUUCCGGUAUGGGCGGUUGGGUUCUUAGCGAAUGGAAUUGGGGUGAUUUUGGAGUGCAAUCCGGGGCCAAUCCAGAAGUGGCAGAAGCGCUGCCUAAUCUCAUUCAGCUGCUGCCAGCAGCGUUCUCUCUUGGUGUGGGGCCGGAUUCGCCAAAGUGGCUUCCGGCAGAAGAUGGAUCCUUUUCUGUUUCAACUUGUUUUCGUGAGGUUAGAAACAAAGAUGGUAUGAGAUGGAAAAAGGUUGAAGUGAAGCCAGAAGAGCAUGUAAAGGUUCCUAAGUUUCCUGAAACCACAAAUUCAUCACCAAUUGAACUGUAUGACAGUCAUCUUAGCGACUACGUAACCGGCAUUUUCGUUGAAAGAACACCACAAGAGAAACCACUUUGGGAAAUUCAUGUUAUAAAUUAUCCAACAAAAAAUGCUGCUAUUUUGUUUUCACUUUUUCGCUUCACUUUUGAAUCAAAUAUUCUUGAGCCUAAUUAUAAACAAAGAAACAUUUUAGUAAACAAAGAGGAUGUGAAUGUCAUUGAACAACAAAGUCUCGAUUUAAAAUUGAGGGAAGCUGAGAGUAACAAAAUUCAUAUAACUAUUAGCAAAGAUUGUAACUCUAAUUUCACAACUAUUACAGAAGCUCUUAAUAGCAUUCAACCACAAAACACUAGGAGAGUUAUUUUGUUGAUUGGACCUGGGAUUUAUAGGGAGAAAAUAAUGAUCCCACAAACGUUGCCUUUCAUAACUUUCUUUGGGGAUGCAAGUAAACCGACUUUUUCUUGGAAUGAUUCAAAUUCUACCAUUGGAAGUGAUGGGCAUCCAUUGGGGACGUUUAAUACUCCCACCGUUGCUGUGAAUGCUGACUAUUUUAUGGCCAUCAACGUAACAUUUGAGAACACUGCUUCAUAUUUUGGAAGGAAAGUAGAACAAGCCGUUGCGCUUCGCAUUUCCGGUAACAAAGCUGCUUUUUACUAUUGUACAUUCCGUGGAGUUCAAGACACUCUAUAUGAUCAUAAAGGUCUUCACUAUUUCAAAAAUUGCUUCAUAGAAGGCUCUAUUGAUUUCAUCUUUGGCUUUGGAAGAUCCCUAUAUGAGGAAUGCACUCUAAAUUCAAUUGCUAAGAACAUAGGCUAUAUUACUGCUCAAAAACGAUCAAGUUCAUCAUUAGAUUCUGGAUUUUCUUUUAAAAAAUGUAGUGUGAAAGGUAGUGGUCAAGUUUAUCUGGGAAGACCAUGGGGAGAAUAUUCCAGAGUCAUUUACUCUUAUACUGAAAUGGAAGAGAUUGUUCUUCACAAAGGAUGGGAAGAUACUAUGAAUGGAACACACCAUGCCAAUACAGUAUACUAUGGUGAGUACAAAUGCAGUGGACCUGGAUCCAAUUUUUCUGGAAGAGCUCCAUGGGCGCGAAAUCUCUCUGAUGAAGAAGCUCAACCAUUUAAUGAAAUUCAUUUUAUUGAAGGAGAAACUUGGCUUAUCAACCCUAAUUAAAAUGAUACUUUUGUUUAU